AUGACAACCAUUAAAGACAUGAUAGCAGACCAUGCUAUGGGUAAGUUUGUAUAUAUGGAUGCAGAUGAAUUUAUAGACACCAUGGUCAAAUUAGUCAAUUCCAUUGAAGAAUACACAAAAGAUGAAGAAAUAAAAGAACUAAAGAAACCAUACUGGAGCUUAGUCUAUAGAAUAGCUAGAAAAAAAAGGAUUAAUGUGGGACAUCCCAAAAAGAAAGAGGAACAAAAGAAAGAAUACAAGAAUAGAUUUAUAAUAAAAGAUAAAAAGAAAGAAGAAGAAACAAAACCAAAGAAAGAAAGUAAUUGA